GUACAAGAAGACCCUAGCCUAUCUAAGAAACACAACAGAUCGAUGUCACUACUCGCGGAUAUGAUUGCAUAUCCGCGUUCGACUGCGUCGCACGAAUGUCAACCUAAACCCUUCGAAGAUAUACCUGGACCAAAAUCUUUACCCAUUAUUGGAACACUUUACAAAUAUUUACCGGUAAUUGGCGAAUAUAGUUUUACCAAACUAUACGACAGUGGAUUAAAAAAAUUGAAACGCUUUGGGCCAUUAGUUCGCGAAGAAAUAGUACCCAAUGUAAAUGUUGUAUGGGUUUACCGACCAGAAGAUAUAGCUGAAAUUUUCCGAGCGGAAUCUGGUUUACAUCCAGAAAGGAGAAGUCACUUAGCUCUUUUAAAGUACAGGAAAGACCGGGCAGAUGUAUACAGCACUGGAGGUCUACUACCCACAAAUGGACCAGAGUGGUGGAGAUUACGGAAAGAAUUUCAAAAAGUUACUAGCAAACCUCAGAAUGUAAUAAACUACUUAGGAGACACAGAUCAUGUUGUACAAGAAUUUGUUGCAUUAUGCAAUAGAGAAAAGUUUGAAGAUUUCCUACCAAUUUUAUCACGUUUGUUCCUUGAAUUGACAUGUUUAGUUGUUUUUGAUAUAAAGCUUAAUAGCUUUUCAAAAGAAGAAAGACAUAAAUAUUCUAGAAGUUCCAAAUUAAUUGAAGCUGCUUUCACAACAAACAGUGCAAUUUUGAAGUUGGAUAAUGGUUUACAAUUAUGGCAGUUUUUUGAAACACCUUUAUAUCGAAAAUUACGUAAAGCACAAAUGUAUAUGGAAUCAAUUGCAUUGGAACUGGUAUCCUUAAAAAAGGACGAGGAAGCUCGGCAAAGUAAAUCACUCCUAAAUGCUUAUUUCGAAAAUUCUGCUUUGGAUAUUAAGGACAUUGUAGGCAUGGCUUGUGAUAUGCUACUUGCUGGUAUAGAUACUACUACCUACAGUACUGCUUUUACCUUGUAUCAUCUCGCCAAGAAUCAACAUAUUCAAGACAAGUUGAGGUCUGAAGCUACACAAUUACUACCUCAGCAUAAUCAACCAAUAACAGCAGAUAUUUUACGAAAUGCUUCAUAUACUAAAGCUGUUAUAAAAGAAAGCUUGAGAUUAAAUCCUAUUUCUGUUGGAAUAGGCCGCAUCUUGCAAACUGAUGUUGUUAUGAGUGAUUAUCAAGUACCUAAGGGAACUGUGGUUGUGACACAAAAUCAAAUUAUUUGUCGGCUUCCUGAACAUUUUAGUAGUCCAGGCUCAUUCAUACCAGAACGAUGGCUUCGCGAAAAUGUAGAAAACAAAGUAAAUUGUGGAAAGUCUAUACACCCAUAUGUGUUACUACCAUUUGGUCAUGGUCCACGGUCUUGUAUAGCUAGGCGUUUUGCAGAACAAAAUAUGCAAGUAUUACUAUUAAGAAUGUGCAGGAAUCUUAUAUUCUCCUGGCAUGGUGAUCAACUUGGAAUGGUAUCUUUACUAAUAAAUAAACCUGAUGCACCAAUGAAAUUAAAAUUCCAUAAUAUACUAAACACAAAUUCUAAUACUAAGUAA